ACCGAGUUCGCCUACGUCAUGCAGUGGGAUGAAUAUAUGUACUCCAGCUCAUCGCUUGAAUUCUUUAGCGCAUACGUUUACGCGACUUACAACAUGGGGGCUCCUGUCGGAAUCGAUCACAGGUUGGGCGCGUGAAGUAUUGGACAUUGGGGAAAAUCUUCCGAAUAUGAGCGUAUGCAGCUUACAGACUGGGAAUGGUAUUCAAAGAUCUUCAACCUACAAAACUGACCAGGACAUUAUUCAUAAGCGACUGCCAAUAAGUGGUGAUAUCUCCCCCAAAGAACAAUGGAUACCAUGGAGUACCAAAAUACCACAUUAACAGUAAACGAAACGGUCAACUACAGUAGCAACAUUACUUAUGAUGGGACAGACUAUGAAUGCAGUGGGUGUGGGGUGGAGACUGUGAUACCAGUGGUGUUUUCUUUCGUAUUUAUCGUAGGAUUGAUAGGCAAUGGCAGUCUGAUAUACAUUGUAUGCAGGUAUAAGUCCAUGAGAAACAUACCUAACAUUUUGAUAACAAACCUAGCAGUGGGCGAUUUCCUACUCAUUAUUAUAUGUGUGCCUUUCACACUUACUAUCUACGCAUUUCCAAAUUGGCCGUAUGGAGACACAGUAUGCAAAGUCAAUGAAUUUCUCCAGACCGUAUCUCUUGGAGUCAGUGUUUUCACCCUGUCAGCCUUGAGCAUUGAGAGGUAUUCGACCAUUGUCCGUCCAUUUCACAGCAGACAUCGCAACGCUUUACGUCGAACCUUAAUUACCAUUGUUACCAUUUGGUUUACGUCUAUUGCAAUAGGAAUUCCAGAUUUAUUUUCCUAUCAUACCAUACAAAUCGACCACCAAACCGAGUUUUGUUGGCCUUAUCCCGUCACUUGGCCACGUUGGUAUGGGCGGGCCCAUGUGACGGUGCGUUUUCUUCUAUUUUACGUGUUGCCUUUGAUUAACAUCACAUGGUGCUACAUUGCCAUUGCCAGAGCCUUGUUUUGGGUUACUAAGCACACAGAUAAAGCCCCAAAAGUGGAUGGAGAAGAACAUAAAGGGGAUAUAAAGACAAGGCAAAAAAUCGCCAAGGUAAUCCUAUCACUUGUUGUGAUAUUCGGGAUCUGUUGGCUUCCUCGGCACAUAUAUCUUAUCUGGUUUUUCUACGCAUUGGGGCAUUAUAGCGCGUUCUGGCAAAUUUUCAAAAGCGCUGGUUUUGCACUGUGUUUCAUAAAUUCUUGUCUUAAUCCAGUCAUGCUCUAUUUUCUGAGUAAGCAAUUUAAAUAUGCCUACCAUAGGGCAUUUUGCUGUCAUUGCCAUUGCCAAAGAACAGCAUUGCGGGGCAUAGAGUCAGAUACUCCUUUGCAAUUUAUAAACAAGAUUUAGGAACAUGUAUUAAUAUGGGUUGUUUGUAUUCUGGCGGUAACAUCACCAGAUGCCUUCUUUUUCAUUACAUUGGUAAUUGCAUUCGUUAGAGUAUCAUUUUGCUGGAAUUAGAGG